AUGGGAACGGUUAUUAGCACAGUGGAUGACAUUGCCGACUGUGAAUUGCUCAAAAAAUUAUGCGACAAGGAUAAUAUUGACGAAAAUGACCCAUUCUGGAACAAGUUAUUCUCGUUCAAUAUUCAUUUAGAUCUACUUGACAAGUAAGCAUUUAAGAGAGGUUAAUUGCUUUAGAAAAAUCCAAAAAGCAUUGCUUUCGAAGGCAGAAGGUCUACUUCAAUCCCUUCUUCAUACUUCCAAUUUCUCGGGGAACUUCUCCUCGCUGAUCCAGGUCUUUUUCCGUUAUAACAAGGAAUUAAUCGAGUCGGUCAAAUGUGAGAAGUGAGUCAGCAGCGAUAUUUUCGACUCUUGAUUUUAGUAAAGUGUUCGUGUGGCAGGUGACCAAUUGUCUGCUACUUAUUCGCUACAUCUUGAACUUCUUUGCAUGGAGGCUGAGUCCCCAACAGUUUGCAAAAACUUUCUCGUUUGUGAAGGAAGUUGAGGACGAGGAGUCUUCCGAUUCUGAUUAUGAAAACACGGCUGAGGAAUUUGUAAUUAAAUUGAUUAAAAUCUUGGUCGAGAUACCAGUAAUGUAGGCAAAGUAAUAUUAGUCGUUAUAUUUUUAGCGACAUCACUCGAGAACUGCAUGGUGAAGUAAUUAGGACGCUGUUAUGCUUGCUGAGUACUCAGUUAUACGAAGAGAAUGUGACUGAAACAUCACCUUUCCUUGGAUAUAUUAUGAAAUGGUACCUAAAACUAAAUAGAUCAUCCUUGUUUUAGUGAACAUGCCCGAGAAUUGGUUCGGUGUUUAUUAGAGAACUUCCUUUAUCAGACACAAGAGAUUUCGGUUUACAAAAAGCCUGCCCAAGUUGAUUCCUUAGUCAUUUCUUUGGCAUGUAGGUCAUGGAUAUUUGUUUCAAUCCUGAAUUGCAGCAUCGAUGUGGUCUGCUCUUUCAAAAACAGUGAUGACGACAGAAGAGGAAACAGCAAAACCUCCAGAAUCAGAUGCUUUCCCUCCCCAAAGUGUCUCUUCGUUAAGCGUGACAUUGCUUUUGAUAUUAGUGUGUCGACCGAAGUUCCAGAUUGAUGUAAACCCCUACAAAUCGAUGUUAUCUUUAUUCCAAAAUGCCCAAGGUAAUAUAAUAAGCGUUGUAUGCAUUCUUUAGAAGUUUCGUCUCUCGCCAACCUUGAAGCCAGCUUCAAAUUAGAUUUUUCUGCUUUAUAUGGUCGAUUGUGUGUGACAUGCCAUCAGAAACAGCCAAUGCUACUACUUUAUAUGGUCCUCCAUGCUAAUUCCUUCUUCAGAAAUUUUGUUUUAUCUAGGAUUAACCUGGAAGACCUUGUAUUGCCUGUUCUGAAAGUGUUGAAUGAUGGACUUAGUACGACUUCUGUUGGAUCCCAUUCCCAUCAGACCUAUCUCGCCAUGAUUGUCAUCCUCAUUCUAAGCGAGGACGACUUCUUCUGUAAAUUGAUCCAUGAAGUCGUGAGUUUUAUGCUUUGAUGCUUUACAGCAAGUAAUUUGUGUUCUAACACAAAAUAUAUUUUAGAAUAUAAAGUCCGUUCCGUGGUAUCCCAACCUAACGGAUGUGUCCCUGGGUGGCUUGAUUGUCUGUGUUUUUGCCAAAACCAUUCAUACAAAUACUGUGAAGACAAGAGUAAGAAUUGUAAUGAUUUCCAGAUCAGGUUUUAGGAUCGAUAUCUCCAUACGAAUUGUUUGGCCGCCUUGGCCAAUAUGUCCUCGUCUUUCAAAUAUCUCAGUCCAUAUGUGUCUCAGAAAUUGAUUGGACUGCUGGAAACCAUGACUAAAAGGCAUUCCAAACUUAUCCAAAGCCUAAGAGAAAACGCGGAAAUUGAGCUUGCAGACGAUGAAGAACCGCAAGGAUCAGAAUUGGUAUGAUUGUUUACUGUAAUAUAAAUUUUGUUUUAGAAUCGGGACAUAAUGGCAUUAGAAGAGGGGAUCAGAAUGAUACUGGAGGUGAUAAACUCAGCACUAUGUUCCAAUCUUAGAUUCAAUGCCAAUCUUAUCUACAGUAUCCUCUACAAAAGAGAACUGUUUGAACAAUACCAUCAUCAUCCGAUGUUCCAUGACCUCGUUUGGAACAUAUACAUGGUAAGGUUGAACGGAAAGACAAGUUUAACGUGAGAUUUCUUCUCUUUGGAAGUGCGACCGAUGGGUCUGGCACCUAUUAAAAUUAUUAAACUCUCUGGUUUGCCCUUUGAUGCGUCUUUUCCUUUCCGUCCCCUCGGGGCUGAUGUUGAAAUGUGUAGUAGAUUGAGUCCACAAAUCAGAAAACUCUUGUGUUUUGUGUCACCAUCUGAAUCCGGCUAAUGCUUUCUGUCUUUAAAAUAAAAACACACAAAUACUCUGUCAUAGUUCAUGUUUUAGGUGAUAAACCAUUUCUCGUCACGAAUCGAGAAUGUGGAUCCGACUUCAGUUACAGUAGUGCUGGAUGCCAUAAAGAAAGCGGCAAUCCAAUGGCCAACCGAUCGUCUCAAGAAGUUCCCCGACCUCAAAUAUCGCUAUGUAGAAGAUGAGAACACGAUCGACUUCUUUGUGCCUUAUGCUUGGCGGCUGGUCUUCGAGAGCGCGGGUGUCUUCUUUGACUCCCAUCUAGUCAAACUCUUCAAAGCGACAAGUAUUUAA